AUGGGGCCACUUGUGGGACAUGUUGCAUCAGGUUUUGCCUUCUUAGCAAUUGGUCUAUGGCACUUAUUCAACAACAUAAAACUCUUUUGUCUCAACCCAAACACGUUUGCUUCAUCAAUAUGGUUCCCAACUUCCAAACUCCGACACUUGGAACUCUACAUAAUUAUUCUCGUCUCUGCUGUGGGCGUCAUAGGCGUGGAGCUCUUCAACAUUUCAACUGAGAGAGAUCAACUCUUUGACUCCAACGACGGUACAAUUCUUCCCGACCUUCUCCACGACGUUGAACACUCCUUCAUCGCAAUGUCCUUCUUAGCCUAUGCCGUUUUCGCACUACUCAUUGAUCGGGCACGGUCUAGAGCCGAGGGUCUAACCGUCCUCGCUUAUGCUGCUGCUUUUGCUCAGGAGCUGUUUAUCUUCCAUUUUCACUCUUCCGACCAUAUGGGUAUCGAAGGACAAUACCAUCUGAUCUUCCAGUUGAUCAUCUUCAUCUCCCUCCUCACCACUCUCAUGGGCAUUGCCUUGCCCAAGAGUUUUUUGGUGAGCUUCGUGAGAUCUUCAAGUAUAGCCUUCCAAGGAGUGUGGUUAAUAGUGAUGGGUUUCAUGCUUUACUCACCGAGUUUGAUCCCUAAGGAUUGUUUACUCCAUGUGAACGAAAUACAUACCACGGUUAAGUGCUCUACCGUAGAAGCUCUAGACAAAGCCAAAUCGCUUGCUAACAUCGAAUUUAACUGGUUGUUUGUGCUAACCACAACUUUUACCAUUACGUUAUAUUUGAUUCUUGAGAGAGUAUACGGUGGAAACACCAAAUACACGAGCCUAGACACCAUAAAUCAACAAGAUGAUGAAGAACAACAACACAUCAUCAAAUCAAGUCGUUACCCAAGUUUUGUCCAAAUGCAUAAACUCGUUGGACAUGUAUAG